UCCAGCAGGGGGCGAUGCAGCCCAGCGUGGAUGUCGACGUGUGUGCGGAUCGGCUGCCAGUGAGCUUGGCGGUGCUGAAAAGGACAGCUCCUCCCAAGGCUGCAGCCAUGUUCACCCGGAUGCUCAAACUGAGGCUUCUCAACGCCGUGGCCCCUGCAUACUUUUUCAUGGCGACAGUCGUCACCUUCAUCCUGCACUUUGGCUUCUUCAUUCCAACAAUCUUCCCCAGCCCUGACACAUCACCCGGGGGGUCCACAACUGUUCACACCGUGGUUUUUCUUUUCCUCAUGUUCAACGCCCUUGGGAAUUACACAAUGACUAUCUUAUAUCCCGCAGCAAGUGCCAACGAGACGGCGGUCCCGGUGUGUUCACCACACUGCUCGGACAAAGUGGACGCUCACUACCUCCUGAACGGCCGCCACUUCUGCAAACUGUGUAAGAAGGUUAUACUCAAGCGGGAUCACCACUGCUUCUUCACUGGGAAUUGCAUCGGCAACAAAAACAUGCGUUAUUUCAUCAUGUUUUGCAUCUACACUUCGUGCACUUGUUUGUACUCGCUGGUUCUUGGUGUGGCCUUUCUCACAGUGGAGUACUCCAUUUCUUUCGAGAACCCGCUGACCUUCUUGACCCUUCUCCCCCUCUCCACUGGUUACUUCUUCAUGGGAACAAUCUCCGGCCUGCAGCUCUUCCUGGUCCUGAUGCUGUACGUGUGGCUGGGCAUCGGGCUUGUCUGUGCGGGUUUCUGCUGCCAGCAGGUGCUGCUGGUGGCCCGUGGUCAGACCUGGUGUCAGCUGCAGAGGGGCCAGCUUGUGGAAAACUGCAGCCCCUGGAGAAGCAACCUCAAGGAUGUGUUUGGAACCAACUGGGCGCUGGGCCUCAUCCUGCCUGUGCACACAGUGGAGAUGUGCUCUGAAGAGGCACUAAAGCAAGACUGAGUCAUCUUCUCAUCAUUCAUUUAUCAACUACUCUCAAUAGGUCACACAGGCAACACACUCUGGAAAUAAAAGUUAUGAUUCAUUUACCGUAUUGACCCAAAUAUAAGCACUUUCCCUUUUAAAAAAAGUCUCAGGGUCGAGAGAUGUAUACAUGCAAAUGAUGAGACAGAGGUUUUCUUCCCGUCACUCACACACACCAAUGACUUGGAGAGAUGUAGCCAUAGCACAGAGACCUACUGGAAAAGAGGAGAUAUAGCAUGAUGCUAAUUUUGUGGACAAGACACAUGAUAUCCGUUUUUAAUGCAAUCGUAUGUUAUUUCACUGAUACUUGUUUGUCUGUGAUUGUCUCAUCAAAUAUUUUUCCAAGAACGACUUGUAAAAGAGGGGCCGUCUUAUAUUCGGGUCAAUACUAAUUACAGUGGAACCUCUAAAUGCAGUUCAGAGACGUCUGCUGAAAAGUCACAGAUGUUUGAAAGAUUUUUCGAUGGCCCUGAAAUAAGACUUUUUCUGUUAUUUCUUGUUUGCUUUGUUCCAGACAGAAAUUAUACAAUGAUUGACAUUUUAACAUUGUUAUUAAGUAGUCACAUGAGAAUAAAAAAGCUAAGUAUUGCAUAGUAAAGCUUAAAAAAAAGCACAAUACAGAGGGAUCAAGCCAUUUGCAGAGCAAAACAGGUAUUGUAUCUAAGCUUUGUAGGGUUUAAGUAUUUUAGUUGUUGGUUGGGAAAUACAAAUCUACAAAUUGUUAGCUGACUAAAAUAGUGCCUUGCUUGGCUUAAUUGUCAUGCAAGUCAUUAGCCAUCUUGCUUCCGGUUACAUGUCCAAGCAUCUGCUUACAAGGUGGUCCUCGGUUUACGACGUUCCAUGGUUACAAACAUGCUCCCAUAGUUCAAUUUAAGGACUUAGUUUUGUUUGCACCGGCUUGCACUACGACAAGUCGGUUGAAGAAUACAUGCCACAUGCAGCACAGGAAUGCAGCGUGUGCCUCGUGCUGGCCUGGAGAAUACAGUGUGUGCCUGUGCAGCAACACUGCUCCAGGAGGAAUAACAUGGCUUAUUAGUUAACAUUUUGGACUUCAUUAUGUCUCCCAAGUGGUGGUGUGCAAAAGAAAAGGAACGCCAUCAAGUGGGAAGGUGGAAGUGAAAAUGAACAUCAUUAAAAAGCUCAGGAAACACGCUCACCAAUAUUGGCUGCUCUUUUGGUCUAAACUGCUCAACUAUCAUGACCGUCAUUUAGGAUAAAGAUCAUUGAAUUCUAACGAAUGCUUGAGGAGUCAUGGAUUCUGUGCGCUGUUACAAGGAGAUCUGGGAGGAAAAGAGGAUGUUAUCCUUUCAGACUAGAAUGGGACAAUAUUUUUAAAAAGUAGGGAUAACCACGUGUCUCUUUUUGUUACUCUUUAAUUCAGUUAUUGUAUUUAAACAGUUUAUUACUGUGUUUUAUGCAGUAUGUUGUGUACAGCGUGAGUGUCUUAGGAGUUAAUUUGUAAGGAACGGAAUUGCAUCGCUCAUACUGUACUGAGUGGCCUGUUCUAUGGUUUUUCUAAAUUUUGGUUGAACUCCAUUUUGUACCACUUUUUGGCAUGACAUUAUGACAUUGGAGGUUCCACUGUAUGUGCUAUAUAAUGACUUUAUUAAGUAUUCCAUGGCAUACAUUCCUAUAAGGAGAGGAGCCAUAUACAGUAAGCAUAUAGGGCUUUACAUUUCAGUUUCAGUAGCUUUUAAAGGCAAUAUCUAGGACAAGUAAGAUUCCUCAUAAGCAUAUAUGUGCACUGCUUUGCAUUCUUGUAUCAUGAGCUAAACAUGAAUGCUGAUGCCAUUUGUGUGUGCAGAGAGAACAUUCAGGAAUGUAUUUUUACCUUUAUUACAGUUGAUGUUAAGGGCUAGCCGGUAAGAACGUGUAGUGAUCCCUGUAAGAACAAGACGAUGUUGUCUGCUCCAUAGAAUGGUUGAUGAUAGGCUACAUUGUGUAAUUAUCCAGGGUAUUAAUCACCAUGUGCCAUAAAAUCAUGUCUUACUUACACAUUUUGUACACAACAGCCCCAUAGAUGAAGCAAUAGCUGUACAGGCUAAUGCUAACGAUGGAGCCUUGUGGUGAUACUGUAAUAAGGACUUCCCACUGUUGCACUGCAGCUGCUUGACAUAUAGUCAACAUUGUUUUAGAUUCAAAUAAAUACGUUUAAUUAUUGGAGCUACUUUUCCUGCUAUACACAUAAAGGCAAUGUGCUGUAAGUGAGAGUCUUCAAUUUAGAAAUCUACCGCACUCGGGUGGUUUUCUGUUAGUGUAGCAUCUUUAUUGGACAGAAUCUUUGUACCUGAAGAACAAAUGACAGAAGAAAUGACUUUUCAAACAGUUUUAUGACCAUUAGUCAACGUCACUUUUGUGACAGCAGGCACGUUCCACAAAAAAAGGUCAAAUAUGUUUGUUAAAAUCGUGUUACUACUACUACUGCCUGUAAAGUAUUGCAAGAAAGUAUUAUUGGCAAAAUAAAGAAUUUCAAGUUGCCAUUAAAACUUGCCCAUGUAUGGCUUC